AUGGACACAGACGCCAAGAUGCAGUCGUAUAACCAGGCUGCGCUCAACGAGUUCGUGAUGCUGCCCGUGUCACGGGACAUGAUCAGCCACCUUGCACUGCAGGCAUCCAAAGUCAUCCGCUGCGAGACGCAUGUGACGGCGUCAUCCGUCAGCCAACACGGACAGCCCACUCCUCCCAGCACACCACCAAUGGACCCUGCCGACAACAACUCUUCUCUCCCACCGCUGGAGACCUUCAUCACCUCGUUGGUGCAUCGCUCGCAGGUGCAGGUGCCCACCUUGAUGACCUCGCUGGUGUUCCUGGGCCGUCUUCGCGCUCGUCUGCCUCCCGUGGCCAAGGGCAUGCGAUGCACUGUGCACCGCAUCUUUCUUGCUUCUCUCAUCCUGGCCGCCAAGAACCUCAACGACUCGAGCCCUAAGAACAAGCACUGGGCCCGCUACACCGUCGUCCGUGGCUAUGAGGGUUUCGGAUUCUCCCUGGCCGAGGUCAACCUGAUGGAACGCCAGCUUCUCUUCCUGCUCGACUGGGAGACCCGCGUUACCGAACAAGACCUGUUCCAACACCUGGAGCCUUUCCUGGCCCCGAUCCGCCAGCAGUACGAAGUGGCCGAGCAGCAACAACAGCAACAGCAACAGAUGGCCGAAUCCCGACACCAACAUGACUGGUGGCGCCUCAACGCUUCGGCCGACUCACUCGCUGCUCGCCUCCGUCGCCAGAAACAAGAGAUGCGCGGAGAGGUUCGUCACACGUCGCAGAAACGCCCACAGCACGUUGCUGCUACUGCUGCUGUCCAAACCCAUUCGGCCAGCCGCUCCUCGCCUUUGUCGGUUCUAGAAGAUGGAGAUCGCUACAGCCCGUACCACCGCCGACGCCCGUCGCCAUACCGUAGUGCCAACAACCGCUCAAUCUCGCCGCCAUCGGUCAAGGACAUUCCCGGCCUGUCGCGAACCGAGACGCGCAACUCUAUGGCGCCAUCUUCUUCACGAUCAUCCAGUGUGGCACCCAGCGCCCGCAGCACUCCAGGAAGUAUGAGCACUUGCUCGUCCAGCCUCGAUGAUGUCAUGGUCGCAGACGGCAACGCCAGCCCUGCCAGCUCGGCUCUCAGCUAUAGCUACGUCAACAUCCAGCCUUACUCCAAGGAGCAGAUGAUGUCUGCCGGCAACAACCACAGCCAGCCCAACAAGAAGAUCAAGACUGCAGGUAGCAUUGGAGGUUCCGGUGGUGGCCUGAUGGCCCGCUUCCUUGCUUCUGCCGCUGGUGUCUACAUGGGCGGACGCAUGUCUCGCCCGAUUGCUCAAAAUUAA